AUGGAGGAGCAUGAGUCAGAGUCGAACGAUGAAGGCCCUGUGCAAACGAGCUUUAUGACAUCAUUGAGGACGUUUGCUCCAGCUGACCCCAAGAAGUCUACCACUGCUGCCCCAAAGGCUGCUCCGAAAGCUACUGCUCCGAAAGCUAGUGCUCAUGCUUCUCGCAACCGGAAGACGCAAGCUGCUGCUUCAAAGCGAACAGCUGAAGUUCCCAAGGUUGCUAUUGGCAAAGCAAAGCGGGCUAAAGUGACAGAUGAUCUUGAAAUGUGCAUGGAUGCUGCUACUGAGGAACCACCAGAGUUCUCUGAGGCAGACAAAGACCUCCUGGACGGGUUUGUGAACCGGUUUGCGUUUGCGAAGAAGCUCGAGCCACCACUUGCAGACGCUCCGUUCAAGAGCUACAUCCAGGAUCGCAUCACCAAAUUGAACGCAUUGAAGAACGACGUUAAAGCAAAGCGCCGCAGUGCUUUGAGACGUCAAGACAAGGAGAACGAUCCUUUGUACAUUGAAUUGGGCAAGCUGUCUGACAAAGCUGACACCUACAUGCAUUUGUUGAAGUGCUUGCUGGGCACAGCCCAAGUUGGCUCAGAGUCAUCGUUGAUACAACUGAUGGAUGCUUCAGGAAAGGAGGAUGGCUUUGAGUUCAAUGGGGCUGUGAUUCGACGUGGGCUCAAAUCCAUGGUCAAUGACGAUUUCCGCUUGGAAGCAUGGGAGAACCUUGUAACCAAAACGUAUGAGUCCAUCCAGAAGAGGUUUGUUGAAAGUGAGGACACUACCAAGGCAGAUGACUUCUACCAACUCCUAUGCACCCAGAUUUUGCAGAAACUUGUACGGACAGCAGGGUCCAAGUUCAAGAACAAGGACUGGUUUGACUGA